UUGUCACGAUUUCUAUUUUUGGAGAAAUUUGACUAUCAUGUUAUUCGUCGUUUUAGACGCCUUAGCAGCCAUGGUGAGUCUUUUUUCCCUCUUAUUUGACUCUAAUCUUCCUUUAAAAUAUACCUUCAACUGUCAUUUCCUUCUACUCUUUUCUUCUUCUUCUACACUUUUCCCCCUUCCUUAAUUAGACCAAUUUUUUGUCUUUCUUCAUAUCUCAACUCUAUACAUACACUAUCUUAACAUAUUUCCAUCUUCAUCUUUUCUCUUUCUAAUUUUUUUUUUUAAUUUCUGGAUCUUAAAGCUCUUACACUUGGGUGUUUUGAUCGAAUGCCUUGAGAAGAUUUUACUUUCUGUGUUGUAUCCUAUUUGAAUCUCAAAUUUUGAACAAUUUUCAGAGUUUGAAGAUCGAAUAACACACACAAAAAAGAAUAUUAAUAGCUCAUUUGUUAGAGCGUCGAAUAUCCUUGAGUAUUUGGUAAAUCCAGAAUUGGAUUCAACUUUCUGGAUUAGCUCAAAAAUAAAUUACUUUUCUAAAAAUGGCGGAUGUUUUGCAGAACAAUGGUAAACUGGAUGAUCCAAGUAUGAUUGAGCUCACAGGGAAAAUACUAGUGGUAGCAGUCAUAGUUCUCUUUCUUGUAUUGAUGUUAGUCUUCUUUCUCCACCUUUACUCAAAGUGGUUCUGGAACCAACGCCGGCAAGCGGACAACCACCGCAAUGCCGCCACACGGCAGCGGCGGCGCCGGCGCCGUUUCGACUUUUCUCCAGGUCAUGAAGUUAAUGUUACAUCUGUUCUCAACAGGGGGCUUGACCCUGUUCUUCUUAAAACAAUUCCUGUAGUUUUAUUCGAUCCAGAAGAAUUCAAAGAUGGAUUGGAAUGUGCUGUUUGUCUUUGCGAUGUUUCUGAAGGUGAAAUGGCGAGACUUUUGCCUAAAUGCAAUCAUGGAUUUCAUGUAGAUUGCAUUGAUAUGUGGCUUCAAUCUCAUUCUACUUGCCCGCUUUGUCGAAACCCAGUCAUGUUACAAGAAGCAACAGUGGAAACCAUACUUAGAACACCAAUAGAAGAAGAGGUGAUAAAUUUCCCAACUAAUGUGUUGUUUUGGGGAAAUGAGAAUCAAGUGAGCACAAUGGGUUCUAAUAAUUUGGAGGAAGAUUUGCAGGAUCCUAAUUCUCCUCCACCACCAGUAGCAUCACCAUCAUCGUCAUCCUCGUUAGAUUCUACGAGUGACAGACCGUGUGUUUCAUUGGCAAUAGAUAUUCCAAGGCAGAUUAACGAAGUAGUAGAAGAGGAAGAAGAUAAAUCUCCAAUGCCCACAAGAUUGAGGUCUUUGAAAAGGCUCUUGAGUAGAGAUAAUAGGGUUAAUCCUUCAAGUCCAAGAAUUAAUAUAGAUAUAGAACAAGGAGGCAGAUGAGGUGAAACUGUUUUUUUAUUUUUGAUGUAAAUUUCAAAUGAUUAGAGAGAUCUUUGAUGUUUGAAAAAAAAAUGGAAAUCUCUGAAAAUGUUGUCGCACCCAUGUCGAAUUCUUCAAAAAUGCACUAUUUGAGAAAGAUCAGACAACACCCAAUAACAUUUUUGAAGAGUUGUAGAACUCUCAUUCGUUUA